CGCCGAACGUGCCGGACAUGCUACAGCACGACCGUCGGCCGUUGUCGCACCUACCACCGCACCUGCACCACCCGCACAGUCACCCAUGGAGUACCCGGCCACGGUCUGCGCUCUGCUCUUCGGUGCCAUCUUCGGGGUGCUGUCCGCUUCCCUGAGCAAGACGCUUCGUUAUCAAGCUCCGGACGAGUGCAAGUGGGUCACCGUUGCCGAUGCACGAGAUGACGACGACGUCGCCCUCGCCUGCAGACUUCGAACCAUCAACAGCGAGCUGGAGAACACCAACUUCUCCGUCAUCCAACCCCAGCACACGGUCCGGCUGCGUUUGGAGUGCAGUGACGCCUUGUUCUUCCAGAGUUCGCUCAGUGCGGGUAGUUUCCGGCAGUUAGUGGAGUUACGUGAGUUGAGCAUCGAGUAUUGCAAGAUCGGAAACUUGUCAGAUGGUGCGUUUCGUGGGCUGAAGGAGCUCCGUAACCUGACGGUGCGGACUCACAACACCGACUGGUCCUCCAUGACAUUAGAGUUAUCGCCCAACGCCUUCACGGACGAGCUUCGCAACCUGGAACGUUUGGAUUUAGGCGAGAACAACAUCUGGAAUAUCCCCGAAGGUGUGCUGUGUCCGUUGUACGCAUUGGAAGUGCUUAACUUGACACGUAACCGGUUGCGCGAGGUGUCGAGUUUCCGUUUUACCGCGAACCCGUCGGAAAAGUGCGGGGCCAAUUUGAAGAUCCUCGACCUAUCCCGCAACUCGAUCGACCGGCUUCCGUCUAGUCAGUUCUCGGGACUCGGCCAGCUACAAAAACUCUACCUCCAAGCGAACCGGAUGACGCAGCUGGCCGAUCGCGCAUUGGAGGGACUCACCUCCCUCAACAUCUUCAAGAUUUCCGAUAACCGGUUGGUCAGCUUGCCGCCGGAGCUGUUUUCGGACACGCGGGAGAUUCGCGAGAUGUACCUCCAGAACAACUCCAUCAACGUGCUCGCGCCCGGACUAUUCAGUGAACUCACGCAACUCCUUGUGCUGGAUUUAUCUCACAACGAACUCACCGCUGACUGGAUUAACGCCGCCACUUUCGCGGGUUUGGUGCGACUCGUUGUGUUGGAUAUCUCGUAUAACAGGAUAUCAAAGUUGGAACAAUCUGUGUUCAGAGACCUUUAUAGUUUACAAAUCUUACGCUUAAACGAUAACUUCAUCGAAAUGAUACCCGACAACAUCUUCUCUGCUCUCUACAAUCUCCAUACACUCAUCAUCUCCAAUAACAGACUGACUAGGAUAGACAGCGAUACUUUCAAUGGACUAUACGUGCUCUCGUUGCUAUCCAUAGACAAUAACAGAAUAUCUUGGAUACAUGAGGAAGCUCUCAAGAACUGCUCCAGCCUACAGGACCUACACCUCAACGGCAACAAAAUAAUGCAGGUGCCGGAGGUGAUAAAGAGCGUCCCUCUCCUCAAGACGCUUGACUUAGGCGAAAACCACAUAGACACCAUAAAAAACGAAACCUUCAGCGAUCUAAAGCAGAUGUACGGCCUCCGACUGACAGAAAACAACAUCGGCAACAUCUCUAAAGGUGUCUUCGAUAAAAUGACAGCGCUGAAGAUUCUGAAUCUGUCGAGAAACAAGAUCCAAAAGGUAGCAGCCGGCGCAUUUGACAGCAACAUUAACCUGCAGGCGAUUCGUCUGGACGGAAAUUACCUAACCGACAUUGAAGGGUUGUUCGCAAAGCUCCCAAGUCUCGUCUGGCUGAACAUCUCCGACAAUCAGCUGAAAUGGUUCGAUUACGCUCUCAUACCCACCGGCUUGCAGUGGUUGGACAUCCAUUCCAAUCAAAUCGAGGAACUAGGCAAUUACUUCGAGAUCGAGUCGACGCUUUCGCUGAGCACGUUCGACGCCAGCGCGAAUAAGCUCACGGAAAUCACCGGAAGUGCGAUACCUAACAGCAUGGAAGUCCUUUUUCUCAACGACAAUUUGAUAUCUAAAGUGCAAUCGUACACGUUUUUCAAGAAGCCGAAUCUAACGAGGGUGGACCUGUUCGGAAACAAAAUCACAAGGUUAGACCCGAACGCCCUGCGGAUAUCAGCCGUGCCGCCCGAGAAGGACUUGCCGGAGUUUUAUAUAGGAGGCAACCCGUUCCAGUGCGACUGCACGAUGGAGUGGCUCCAGAAGGUGAACGUGGGCAACAGAGCUCGCACCCAACCGAAACUUGUCGAUCUGGAAAGCAUCUACUGCCAGCUGUUGCAUAAGCGGGGCCAGACGUAUGUGCCUUUAGUGGAGGCCGCCCCAUAUCAGUUUCUUUGUACAUACGACACACACUGCUUCGCCACAUGUCACUGUUGUGAUUUUGACGCAUGCGACUGUGAAAUGACCUGCCCUGCCAACUGCACCUGUUACCACGAUCAAAGCUGGUCUGCGAACGUUGUCGAUUGCGCUUCGAGCGGCUAUGUGGCCAAACUACCUGAACAAAUUCCUAUGGACGCAACAGAGUUGUACUUGGACGGAAACGAUUUGAGAGGUAUGAACAGCCACGCCUUCAUUGGACGAAAGAAGCUAAAAAUAUUGUUUCUGAAUGAUUCAAACAUCGAAUUCAUCCAAAACAAAACCUUCAAUGGGCUGAAAGAGUUGGAAGUUUUGCAUCUGGAAAGCAAUCGCUUGGGUGAGCUAAAUGGUUACGAAUUCGAGGGACUAGAGAGCCUGAAAGAAAUAUUCCUGCAGAGGAACAGAAUAACAAGUAUCCACAACCAGACAUUUGUAGGUCUUCGCAAGCUGAGAGUGCUGAAGCUUGACCAUAACCGUUUGAACAUUUAUAACAUGUGGAAUCUCCCCACGACUCUGAUAGAAGUCACGUUGGCGUACAACCCUUGGUCUUGCGACUGCGAGUUCACCGAGAAGCUUCGCGAGUGGAUGAGACACGGCGAUGCGGUGCAAGACUCUAAAUCGGUGAGGUGUGUAUUCAACUCCACAGAUGUCGACUUCUACAGUGACGAUGUCUACUCGGACAAUUCAGAAGUCGGCUUUUUCAUCAGUCAAGAGAACAAUUCCUGCACCGGACUGCCUAACAUCGACAACAGCAUCAACGGCAACCUCACCGGAACCAAAACCAUCAUCCAGCGUCAAGUGAUCGAGGACUACCUGCCUCUGCUAGUGACUACCUUGGCCGUGUUUGCAGUUGUGGUGAUAAUGAUGUUGAUCGUCUUCAUUUUCCGGCAAGAAGUGCGCGUGUGGUUCCACUCAAAGUUCGGCAUCCGCAUCUUCCAAAGGGCUUCCGAUCUGGAUCGCGACGAUCGCGAGAAGCUCUUCGACGCGUUCGUGAGUUACAGUUCGAAAGACGAAGCGUGGGUCGCGGAAGUGCUCGCUCCGGCGUUGGAGCCCAACUACAAGUUGUGCCUUCACUACAGGGACUUCCCUGUAGGCGCGUUUCUAGCCGAUACGAUAGUGCAAGCGGUGGAGUCCUCCAAACGAACCAUAAUGAUCCUCUCGGAGAACUUCAUCAAAUCGGAAUGGUGCCGGUUCGAGUUCAAGUCCGCGCAUCACCAGGUGCUUCGAGACCGGCGCCGUCGGUUGAUAGUGGUUUUGUUGGGUGAAGUGCCGCAGAAAGACCUCGAUCCCGACAUCCGGCUGUACCUGAAGACCAACGUGUACUUGCAGUGGGGUGAUAAGUUGUUCUGGGAGAAGCUGAGGUACGCGCUGCCCGACGUGCCCAACAACCAGAGGCACCAUCAGCCGGUGAGGAACCCUCACGUCCAUCACCACGUUCACAGACACAGUGCCAGGGGCCAACCGCCCAAUCCACCCGGGAAUGGUAAUAACGCUCAAAGGACUGUCGCCAUCCAUAUUUGACGUUGAAGUUGAUUAACGUCAUUAAUGUUAGAGAUGAAUUCGGUAAGUGGGAGACAAAUAUUUUGUUUAUCGCCGGUUUUUGAUAUGCAUACUCCAAGAUUACUUGUACUACUGUUUUUUGGCUAUAUAACCACGAAACACAUAUUUUCAUAAGGAUAUAUGAGUAGCUGCAUAUCGUUGUACGAAAUUAAAAAAUUAUGAGUGCUUCAAGUCCACAGAAAAAUCCAGCGUCGAUCAUGUUCACUUAAAAAAUAUACAUAAAACUAUUAUUAAUCAAACGUAGAUAAAGCUCGUAUCAUAUAUCUUGAUUAUUAACCUGUAUGAUUCAUUAUUUUCUAACAAAGUGCCUAUUUAUUUGGAAAUAUGUGAGCUCCUCCAAUGUGAUAUUAAUGGACAAUAACUUAAAUUCUUCGUAAUAGUACAGAAAGUAAUUUGUGCGUGUACCAGUUCUAAAAAUGGAAUGCUCAUUUAGAUAACCAGAACAUCAAAAUAAGAUAAGAAAUUUACAAAUGAUGCUAGAGCGCCUAAGCCUGAAAAAGUAAUAUGAGGCAUAAUACAUUCAUUAAAGGACGAUGAUAUAACUGACAAAAUUUAACUACCAACCGAGAAUAACAAAACUGUCAAGUUAGGAACUAUUACUUGUAAAUAAACUCUACUACUAACAAUUAUUCAAAUGAACGUUUUUUCAUGUUUGAAAAUGAAAUUUUAGGACUUAUCGAUAAAAUAUACUGGACAUAUUAAGCUUUGAUUGAUUGAAACUGGCUAUUGAAUUAAUUUUCCAAAAACAGUAGCUAUAAAGCAUAUUAUUUACGUAAAGUUCCUAGUAAAUCAAAAAAUACAUUUUGUAUGGAUGGUACAUGAAUGCAUCUCUUAAGCACACUUGUAGCCAUAAAUGUAAAUCAAAAUAAUUGUUUAACGGUGAAAAUAAAUUCUACGCAGCUGUGUUCCGGUAGACAAUUAAAUGACAUAAAAAAUUCUGUUCAAACUAGGUAGAUAGUUUUCAUAAAUAUAAAUUCACAUUGCUACAUGUUGAUUGGACACAAUGACUCAUCGCAACACCAAAAAAAAGCUCAACUCUUUAGAUGUAACAGUGCUAUUUUGCAAUUGAGUAGAUUCACAAUUUUUGUCAUAUUUAGCUUCAUAGCGAGCUUUUUAAAAGUUAUCUUUUUUAUGCACCAUAUUCAUGAAUUCGUUUACAAUAGGUAGACACAAUUCGAUAUAAUGAUAUAAAACUGUUAAGCUGUGAGGGUUUAUAAAAUCGCUAUUUAUUGACAUUUUUAUAUCUCAAAUUCGAUUUAUCAAAAUAAGUGUGAUUUUUUGAAAAAAAAUCUUGUACGUGCAUAUUUAAACUACAAGGUAUUAAACAAUAUUUUGUUGUUUAAAUUUGCAUUUACUAUAAUUCCUGUAUCACAAACAUAGCUUAUUUUUUCUGUACCCGAAUACAUUUUCCAUCGUUCUGUUUUUUUCUUCGGGGUAUGCCUAUCAAAAACCUGCCAUAAAUAAUUUUGUCUCCUACCUUUCCUGAUUAUACUCGACUGUAAGUCCCAAUUGUGAUACUACUGUAGACUGUGAGUGCAAUGAGUAGAGCAGGAUGUGAUAUAUAGUCAAAAAGUUCGGCAACGUGUGAAAGGAUCGAAGUUUGUAUGUGUCAUUUUUUUUUUUCAAAAAUAAGUGUGAAUGGUGGCCGAACUCACUCCUAUGGCGAAUCGAUGGAGUCUAACGAGAAAGGAUUAACGUUUGUAAAUAUGGACCUGUAUACAUCUAAGUAAGUUUUGAAUUUUUGUAAAGCUUGUACAUAUUAUACAUAUAAAAAUCGUAUUUAUUUUUGUAGGAUUUUUUUUAAUUAAUUUCUAUCGAUUCACUUGCCUCGUUAUUUUGUUGUCUCUUGUACACUCGAAUUACAACAGAUUUGUGACAAUUAUCUGAAUAAAUUACAUACUAAAAUAUUACAUAUCAGCGUAGUCUUUCUUUUUCUUGAUGAACAUUUUUCUAAUAUUUACUGAACAAGUUUGGGUACUUAUAGAUCCGUGAUCUGACUUAAAAGCAAUGAAAAAUAAAAAUAAUUGGAGAUUAUAAGAAUGGACUCAGACUCAUCCAUACUAUUCCUAAGAACUGCUUUGGAAAGCCGAAGUUUAGAAGAGAAGAUAACAUUUUGCUUAUUCUAUGUAUAAUCAUUCAAUGUGGCUUAACCUUCUAAUAGUCUCAUUUGAAAAAUAUUGAAGUAAAAAUUUGGCAAAGUUAAUCCACAGUAAAGCUUCACUAUUAAAUAAAUUGGCUAACUGCAUCUUCUGAAUCUAAGAAAAUAACUACAAAACUCAAGAGAGCAAUUGCCAUAACGCAGAACAGGCUCUAUGGGUUUUUAAUCAUCAUCAAUGUAAUUUUUAUAUCGAAUACCAGAUAAUUGGCACAUAUCUGAGUCAUGAACGCAACAUUCCUGAACGAAUAGACUUUUCCUGUAUAAAACUAUUUUCCUAAACAAUAUAAUAACGCCUUUUUUAUUCUGUGAAUAUAAAUAAAACACUACGUUUUUUAA